AUGGAAAGCGGAUCCAUGGAUGUUGCUGUUGGGGAAAAUAAUAAAAUAGCGGGUAUUCGGUGGAAAGAUAACAGUAUCGUUACAUUAUUAUCCAACGUACAUGGUUUGGAUCCUCUUCAAAAGUGUCUGAGAUAUUCUGCUAAAGAGAAAAAGAAAAUAGAAAUCCCCCAGCCGUUUAUAGUAAAACUCGACAGCUCGACAAUCAUAUUUCAAAUUACAGAAUAG